UUUUUGUUCAGUUCGAAAUGAAUGGCGCGGUUGACCGUAGAUGAACGGUAGUGACCUUGCGGAAUCGGUCCGGAAUACUUGAAAGCAAAAUCCUGGUGCGCAGUGAGAACGGCGCAUCGGCCACAGCCAGCGCUGGACAUGUGACGAUUGUAGCUGCCCGCAGUGACGACGACAGCUGCGGCAGUCGUUUCCCUCGGUACACGCUGACGUGCCGUAAACAUGGCCAGAAGAGGUGGACGUAGAGGAAAGCGACGGGGAGGCCGGGGAGGCACUCGGGGGAAUGCGGCAUCGCGUGAAAUAUCAUCAACGGAGGCGUCAGUGGAAGGAGGUAUUACUCGUGGUUCUGCAUCGUCUGUGGGCUACUUGCACAAGAAGUUCAAACGUGUGGCUGCGGAAGUUCAUGAUGCCAGCGAAGAUGACAAGGUAACGCCUGUGAGGACCAGGGUUGGGUUAUCCCGAGCGACUGGUGCGGAGAAUUCGGAUCCGCUGUUCAGUGGGCCUGGACCAUCCCUCACCACCAGGCCAAGACGGCAAAGUGGAGGGCCUGGAGUCAGUGCUGGCGUCGUGGUUCACUGUGAUCGAUGUGGGCUGAGAUUUAAAACCAAAGCGAGCUUGCAGAAGCACAGGCUGUUGACGCAUCGGAUCCGCGAUGAAGGCAUGGAUGUUCCGGGCUAUCUGCGUGUCAGAUCAAAUGCAGUGACGAUUUCGGCUGCUUCCGGAACGGGAGAGAGUCAAAAUGGACCAAAACGUGAUGCUCAGCCUGCGUUGACACCUACGGAAUCGCGAGGGGCUAUCCAAAACGUAGAAAAGGAUUCCGGUACUGAGCCAAAGACGAUCUACAAGCCCAAAUUUCGUGUGAAGCAUUAUGAAGAGCCCGCGGAGACCGAAGAAGAGUCGACUUCUGUUGAGCUUCGUAAAAAUGCGGAUCAAGUUGUGCCGGCUGUUUCUGUACCUGACGCACCAGUACAAAAGGCUGAAGAGGAGCCGAGCGACGUGCCAUUCGACCUGUCAGCGAAACGUCCACGGUUGGAUGACGACACCUCCGUGCUGUCGAAAUCACCCGGCAAUCGGGGCCAGUGGGAUGUUCACGAAUCUGUCUCUGUCAAAGAAGACGUGCUAGUGAAACUUCGACCUCAUCAAUUUUCGGGAUCGACCGAUGUAGGCUUUCAAGGUGGGUUGGACGUCGUGUCGACUGCUCCUCGACCGGAUAUGCUGAAUCGUGUCGAGCGCAACGACUCGCCAUUCGUCAUGUCGCCGUGUGCGAUCCGAGGUCCGCCGCUGCAUGUGCCUCUGCAUUCAAUGCCACCGCGACAUCAUCCGGGUAUCACAUCAGCUCAGGCGCCUCUUGGGUCUAUAUCGAGUGGCACGCCGAGGCUUUUGCGAGGUGCUGCGGAUUUGAGGCUCCGACCUGAGUCGAUUAAUCCAACCGGUCACCCGUACAUCAUGAGUCCACAAUCCCCGCGGCAGAUGCAUCAAAGGGGAUCUGGUGCAAUGUUGACGAUGCCCACGGGACUACCUCAUCAUCCUCCCCCGCCUGCUCAAAUGCCGUCGCUUCGAAUAGAGUAUCCCAGACCAGCGGAAAUCCAUCACGCUUUGCCCCUCACAAUCGGAUCGAACAAAGGACUCCACCGUGAACCCCGAAGUAGUGAUCCAUUGAAACUUAUCCCUGAUUCAUGCGAUGCACGAGCCUUCUCCUUGAAUCCCGAUCCGACUGUUUCCGUUGCCUCUACUUCCAACAAGAGCAGCGUCCAACCGAACGAGGCUCUCGAAGAGCGAAUCACGAAAAUCAUCAACAACAAUACCGCCAUCGUGGAGGCGCACCCGCUGUGGUCCUCGAAGCGAUACCAACGAACGAGGGAUUCCGUGUCCACGGGAUUCGUUGGACAAAGCCCCGAAAGCACUGCGCACGUGGGGAAAUUUUCCAUGUCAAAGAUUCUUUCUUCAAAAAGCGUUAGUCCGACGCAAAGCAAGUGUAUGCCAAUAGUGACGUCUGGUCAACACCAGAGAAGACACGUAACGCCGGCGUUGUCAGCAACGAGAGCAAUACAAUUCACGCCGCUGCUCAGUCAGUCGGAUCCCCGGUUUUCCGCCGUCGAAAUGUCUUACGUGAAGACUUGUGGGAAGUGCCAUGCCAUAUUUCACAAUGUGGACAGCUUCAGUGUGCACACUAAAAGUUGCGUCGGUCCUUUGAUCUUUGGAAAUGGUGCUAGCACGGUGGAUGUGCAGAACAGAAACAGCCGACCUUUUUCAGAUGUUGAAGAACCCGGUGUAGGAAUUGAUCCUGUCUCUGCCUCGAAGAAACGUCGUAUUGGAAUGGAUGCAGUUCCCCGAGACAGUGGAGACAUCUGCGAUCCUUCGGAAUCAAAGGUGGGGCUGUGGCCCAAGAGCUUGCCUAUGUCUCCUUGGAUGCGUCCUUCGGGACCGGGAAUCCAUACUUGCGGCAGUGAAGUAAAAAUCAAGGAGGGCACGAGCUCGAAAACAGUCACUCAUAUUGGCACGAAGCUGUCUCCUGCCUGCACAGGGGCGCCGACGUCAAAAACUGAAUCCGUUGUCGUCGCAAUUGCCGCGAAAUCCGCGUUGCAUUCUGGGGGAACUAUAAUUCAGUCUGCCGCCGGACAAUCCACCGAUCGACCGGAGAUGCACCCUUUGAACUUGGAUGGUGGUCGAGGGCCGGGCACCGAAAAUAACGGAAUGAUUAGUCAUGCUUCGGGAGCGCUGUACUGCCUGGAUUUGCCGAAUUUGAACCCCAAGUUUCCAUAUUUUUUGGGACCACAAUUUUUGGUUGACAAGAGUAGAGAUCUUAAAUCUGAUAAGCAGAUGACUUCCCUUUCUUCGUCACCUGUGAUAACGUCGCAAAACGAUAGAAGGGGACCGGAACCUCCGAAGGCUUACAUCCCCGGAGGUCAAGGUGGAGACGUCGUGGACCUAAGAACCAGUGGGAUUGAAGCAAUUUCACCACCGUCUUCUCCAACUGUGAUCACGUCGAAUGAAGGGAAAGACCAGCAGGAAGAACAUUCAAGCCGCUUUCCCACGUCCAGUGAAGGUUGCUCAAGUGCAGAUAUCAACAAGACGAGCGUUUCGGGCGAAAGCAGUCCGGAUCCAGAAGACCGUUCGUCAGCUGGAAGAAUUGCUGAUGGGAUGCGUGAAAAAACUCCUCCACCUGUGACGUCUGCGCCUGCCCGUCGACCUAGUUCUUUGACUGUCGCUUCGUUGGUCUCACCUGGCCCUGGUCCUUUGGCUGUGUCGCUUUCCCCGGCGUGUAUCUUGAUGUCACCGGAGACUCCCCGCCCGCGACGGAGUUACACGCAGUUGUUUCUCAACGGACACGCUUACACGUAUUUGGGACUCAAGUCCAACGCCCAUGUGACGUAUUGUUGCGUCUUCAACUUGCAGCCGACUUAUGUUCCGGUUUCUGCGACUGAAGAACCGCACUUGUCCAUGUAUUCCAUCUGGCAGGUGUUGCCGCCUUCAACUCCCGACGCCGUUGGACUGACGCCUGGCGAAGCCAUGAGUCUAUACGAUUCAAGUCGGAAUCAGUCGCCGCUCCGUCGUCGUUUUGAGCCGAUAUGUGUGCCGACGCUGGGUUCAGGUCCCGCGAGUUUGUACGCUGUAGCGUCUCUCAAACUGAAGACUGCAGCGAAAAAGGAUACGGAGAACGAAGCGCCGAAAUUGACGAAGGUGUCGUGCUAUGCGGAUAGAGUUGACGUCUCUCCAUCGAAUGCUUGGAGCUUGUGCCUGAUCUGUGGCGGUUCGAAGACGGUGAAGGCGGAACCGCACACCAAACCGGGACGAAACAAAGACGGGGAUGAUUCAAAUCAUUGGAAUGCUCUGGAUUUAGUGUCACCUUGCUCCAGUUCUGCGCGUCCUUCCGAUUCAGGCCGGGAGACGGGUGUCAAGGCGGAAAUCGGUCCUGGUGAAGCAUCACAAUCUAGUCAUUCUGUGUCGCCAACAGCUAUGGUGUCUGCAUCUGACGUUUCCACCAAUCUGAUUGCAUUCACUAGCCGUAUGUCGCCAGUCGUGACGCGUUCCAGUGUCCCUUCAGUGAAAGAUGGGGGCCAAAAGGAUUCCUCCCUUUCCCUUUUUGGCAUCACGAAGUUGAGUAAGGCUGCGGAACGCGAAAUGCUGAGUCAACUUUCAUCUACUUUCCUUGCAAGGACACCCCCCGCGGAAGAACGGAGUGUUUGCAAGUGUUUCGCGAAGCAUUUGUCUACACCUUGUGGAUACGUCGGUUCUCGAUCUGUUACACCGGUGUCGACUGUCCAGGUAGCAACGACCGCAACAGUGAAAGUAGAAGCGGAUGAAUCGAGCGAUGCGGAAAAGAAGUUUGCGUCGCCGCAAAUCCCUGCGGAUGAAGGCCAGAAGUGCUCUGGCGGCGAGAUGGACGAGGAUGACGAUGACGUCGAGGAGGACGUGUUGUCUGAGGACGAGGACGUGAAGGAGGACCUGUCGGGUGAAGCAACGGAUGCUGUGUCGUGGGCGCAGCAUCACGGCGACAAAGACGAUCUGGGUUCAGGAGAUGAAGACUGUGAUGGGGAGCCGAUCGGAAAUGCUUCUGUGCCCGGACCGCUUCAGCCGAGGUCACAGCUCAGAGUCGCUACUGUGCACUCUGCGCAACCGACUUUUGGCAGGGUGAGCAGCGAGGAAGACCGGUGCGUGUGUGAGAUUUGUGGAAAGGCAUUCCUGAAGCCGAGCCAGUUGCGCAUCCACGUGAACAUCCAUUACUUUGAGAGGCCGUACCGUUGUGAGUCAUGUGCCGUGAGUUUCAGGACACGCGGCCACCUUCAGAAGCAUAAAAAGUCCGUGUCGCACUUCAACAAGCUCAACAUGAAUCUUGCCUUCGGGGCUCCGACACACGACAAUCCGAGGCCUUUCAAGUGUGCGGAUUGCAACAUAGCGUUCAGGAUCCAUGGCCAUCUUGCCAAGCACUUGCGCAGCAAAUUGCACAUAAUGAAGUUGGAGUGCGUGGGGAAGCUGCCUUUUGGCACUUAUGCAGAGAUGGAGCGUGCCGGAGUGAGUCUCAACAACAUCGACACUUCCGACUGCGAAAAUUCCCUCGACUCGUUGGUGAGGGUUGCAGCGAAACUCAAUCUGGUCGCUACGACAAACGCGUCGCAGACACCGACAACGUCUGGCAGUGCCGCCCCAGUCGCCGUGGAGAUUAGCAAAUGACUUCCUUCUCCCGAGUGUUUCAAAAUAACUGUGAUAGAGAAACAAAAAGAAAAAUGAAAGCGAAAAGAGUCGGUUCCCGGCCCUUCCCCCAGACCCCUAUAUUGUCGUUAUGGUUAUUUUAUGUAGAUUCCGGCUGCGUUGCGAAUUUUUGCGAGUAUUUUUGCGUAAGCUUGGGAAUCUUGAAGGAUUAUUAUUUUUUGCUUACGAUCUCUAUCUCUCUUUCACUCUUUCGCCAUGUUUCCAAUUUUUAUUCCAUCGACGGAAAAUUUCCGUUCCUCGCGAUUUCCUUUGUAUACGUUUCAAACGAAUGCUAGGAAAUUCCUGGAUCCAAAAUUUUUACCCGACAAGUUCUUCAGGAGUAGGCAAAAUUUGUGAUACUCGUUCGAAUCACGAAUGACCUCGCGAGCCGAAUUCAUGGAUAUUCGCAAUAUCGUAUCGGUAGGAAGGGAUGUGGGUUCAAUAUCAAAAUGAUUUCUGCUUUUAAAAAUUUGUUUCAGUCGAGCGAUUGAAGCUUCGAUUCAAAGCAGAGGUUGAAAAAGAGAUAAGAAACCGUGUCAGCUUUCCGGUUCAUGUUUUUGCAUCCGUUUCAUGUUUCUGAACUCCACGGAUCCCUGCUUUACUUUGUCAAUCAUAUUGUCCCCACCUAUUGUCGCAUUUUCUUUUCAAGAACAAGAAAUGCGUGAUCGCAUUUUUUCAAUGAUUCGGACAUUUUGUUCGCUGUUGCCCUGUUGGGGAUGUUGACUGCGUUGGCAAGAUGGCGUUGAGAAGCUGUCUACAAUUCAAAAAUGGCAGAAACGUAGGCCUUCCGAAUUGAAAGAAAGCUAGAAAAAGAAGUUCGUGAUACCUUGAGUGAAGAGGUGUAUACAGGAUGGAUUUGGUCUGUCAUCAAUGAAUCAUCUGUUCCGCAGUCUUAUCCUUAUUGGACGCAUGUAGAUAUAUUUGUAUUUUACUUUCAACCCUCGGAAUGUUUUCUUUGGUAUUUUCGAAAAUUCACGCUGCUAUAUUUUUUGAAGCGUCUCUCGAAUUUACGUCUAUCUUCAUUCGCUUAUUUCAUUAAAUAUCAUAAGAUUCUCUCUCGAUAGCCGAUUUUCUUUUUUACCUGGAGGGAACCAGAGGGCGUUUUGAUCCACAUGAUUUGUACAAGAGCUGGACACCAGAACAUCUGUAUGGUUGUGUCGGGUCUUUUUUGUUGAUGUUCUGUUCCUCUCUUGGUGUAAUUCAUGGGAACGUGAAUCGUGUGAAUCAUGAAAACGUGAAACUGUGGGGUUUCGGAAGAGGAAAAGUGAAAAUAAACUUGGAUCCGAUGAUUGUGAUUUUGAUCGCUUGUGUUUGUUUGAAAUAUUUACACGUGGGGAGUGUGAAUAUCUUGGGGAUAUUGUAGUUGUAUGUUACGAGGAGGCAAACGACUUUGAAUAAUACUCAGAAUAAGUGACCCAAUUUUUAUUGAAAUACAGUAAAAAUCAGC